AUGUUACCCUCAAUACGCGACAAAAAAACUGGCUAUAUUUACAAGCUUAGCAAAAAGCUGGAAUGUAAGAUUGACCGUGAAUGUUAUGCCGAACUGAGAAAAAUCUCGAACAAACCAGCUUCCGAUUCGGAAGAUGAACCAGAAAGUCAUGUCUGCGCAGCUACCAACACACCAAUCUUCACCAGUUUAAAGAUGACCUGCUCCGAUAGCGAAGAUUCGCUGGAAGCUUCAGGCAGUGGUUGUUCCGUAUCCCAGGCAAGUGACAUCAAGAAUCAGCCAAAAGCAGCCAAAAUGUCACACGAGCCAACAUUAGGGAAUGAAUGUUCUUCAAGAGAACCAACAAUCGCAAAAGUUUUAAAUAUCUUAAUGCAGGUUUCAAAACAUGUGAAGAAAAUGAACGGAGCCACCGAUCUUAUCCAAACGGACGUGGGCAACAUUUCGAACCGAUUGACGAAAAUUGAGGAAACCGUGGACACUUCGGUGGCAACGCUUGAGAGAAUGAAGGAUGAGAUGAAAAAAAAAGCAGUAUGUUUGAAAAAUCGAGAUAGCAAUUCCGUUGCGUUGUAUCCCGAUUUUAAAAAAGUAAGCAGCGAAGAGGAGCUGAUGGAAUGCGAUUCGAAACUUGGCAACGAUGUGGCAACGAAAAGAAACUAUGGUCCCUGAUGCUCAAGAAAAAGUAACAACAAUUAAAUAUGAACGUAAGUAUACUUUACGCUCCAAGUAAUAGUAAUUGUUGUAUAAUG